AUGCCCUCCUUCACCAUUGAAGCUGAGGGCGAAACCAAUCCUCUCACCAGGUCUGCGGUCAUAUCUACUCUCAAAAGUGCCUCACAUCCCACACCUCAGAGCCUGAAAGUAGCGACGCAACAGAUUGGGAACUGGGAAAAGUCACCCGGCUAUUACGCCCUCCUUCAAGAUGUGUAUGCCGAUUUCUCACUCAGCCAAGAAGUCCGCUUCCAGGCCAUCAUUCAACUCAAGAAUGGCAUCGACAAACACUGGCGCAAGACGUCUGUAAACCCAAUCAGCAAAGCGGAGAAGGAACAGAUCAGAUCAAGAUCUAUCGAAGCGGGCGUGCAUGAGCCUAGCUCUGCCCUUGCACUCCAGAAUGCCCUCAUGCUCGCGAAGAUUGUCCGGUAUGAAUUUCCCCAUGACUGGCCGGAUGUCAUCAAUGUCGUAAUACAACACCUUCGAGCCGCCAGUGAAGACCCGGGUGCGAAUCUUUAUAUCUCCAACAUCUUGACCAUUACUCUGCAAAUAAUCAAGGAGCUGGCAUCCGGACGUCUACAACGCACGAAGAGAAGCCUUCAGAACGUGGCAUUGGAACUUUUGCAGAUCCUCGGCCGCCUCUAUGUCAGUCUGGUCGCGAGGUGGCAGUCAACUGCUGAUCAGGCCGAUCUUGCUAGCGCAGUCAGCAGUCAUUCAGCGCUGAAAACACUGCGGCGACUGCUGAUCGUUGGCUUUGAGAAUCCUCAUCGGGAAGAAGCCGUCAAGCAAUUUUGGGACCUCCUGCAGACGCACCAACAGGCUUUCUGGGUGGCAUACAGUCAGGAUCUUCCAGACGAAGCUCGAAGCAUGUUAUUGAAGCAUCUGCUACAACUGGCCAAGUUGUAUCUCGACAUGGCUCGGAAUCACCCCGCCUCCUUCGUCCUUUUUGGCUGCAUGGACGUCUUGAACCGGUCCUGGUCAAUAAUCAGCCAGAGUGAGGCCAGGCAGUCAACGUUGCAGGGCAACUUCGAUUGGAAAGUAUACCGCGGUGGAGACAAUGUCGAAGAGUCACCGAUUGAGAAGCUUUGCUUGAAAGCCCUGUUGCUAUUUCGUGCUUGCCUGAAGAUGGUCUUCAACCCCGUCCAAACGUUCAAAUAUGUCACUCCAGAGGACAAGCAAGACAGAAAAGACGCUGUCGACUACGUCAAAAACACAGUCCUUACGCAAGACUUCGUCCUUCGACUAAUGGAGCUUUUAGUGACCCAAUACUUCAUUCUUCGGCCUUCCGACUUGCGAGACUGGGAGCAGGAACCCGACGAGUGGGAACGCCGGGAGGAAGAAAUUGCAGAUGCGUGGGAGUUCUCCAUUCGGUCGUGUUCGGAAAAAUUAUUCCUCGACCUCGUCAUCAACUUCAAAGAGCUGCUGGUUCCACGGUUACUACAAGUGUUCUAUCAAUACGCUACCACUUCGAACACGGAUGUGCUUCUGAAAGACAGCCUCUACUCAGCCAUUGGCAUAGCAGCCGCCUGCCUUGAAGAUGUCCUUGACUUCAAUACUUUCCUCCGUGAAACUUUGGUGCAAGAAGUACAGAUGAACCAGCCAAAUUACAACCUUCUUCGACGGCGGACUGCGAUUUUACUAGGCCAAUGGGUGCCAAUCAAACCAGAAACACUCGAUCGAGUGGCAGUGUAUCAGAUAUUCACGCACUUGCUUUCCAGCCGGGAGCCACUCAAUGAUCAUGUCGUUCGUGUGACAGCAGGACGGCAAUUGCGUCUCGUGUUAGAACCCUUUGAAUUCAGCUACUCCGAUUUCAGUCCAUUUGCUACGCCUCUGCUAGAAGGUGUCAUGUCCCUCAUCACCGAGACAGAUCUAUCAGAGACAAAGAUGGCAUUACUUGAGACAGUCAGAGUGGCGGUCACGAGGCUGGAAGGCCAUAUAGAACCGUACGCGCAAGGCAUAAUGUCAAUGCUGCCACCACUGUGGACAGAAUCUGGCGAAGAACAUUUGAUGAAACAAGCAAUACUGACCUUGAUCACCGCAAUUGUCAACAGCCUUGGGCAGAAAAGUCUGGCGUACCAUGGACCAAUUCUCCCUCUGAUUCAUGAUUCCAUACAACCACAGUCGGAAGCAAUCGUGUACCUGCUUGAGGAGGCACUCGAGCUGUGGGCUGCCAUCGUACAGCAGACUCCAACAGAACACGCCUCUUCAGAUCUAUUAUCCCUCUCUCAAUGUCUCCUUCCACUGUUGGACAUGGGCAGUGAACUCCUGCGGCAGAUAUUCGAGCUCACAGAAUCAUAUACGAUAUUGUCGCCCACUACGGUUUUGUCACCUCAAUUCCUGACGCCGCUGCUCACAUCAAUGAAAUCUCUCUUGCCUGCUUUAUCAACUAGCCGGGCGCGGGAUGCUUCAUUAGCACCUCAUGUACUAGAAAACCUCGUCGUUACAAUCUCGAUCGAGUCCCAGUCCAGGGUGAAUCCUCAACAAGCCCUUACACAUCUGUUGGAAUCGAUGCUAAGUACCGGCUAUCUGGCAUCCUUGAUGGAGCUCCUCAAGGAAGCAUACGACUAUCACCAAGAUCCUCGUCCAACCCGCAAACCACCAGACAUCAUUGGCCCAGGAGAGACAAGCCUUUUCUGUCUUCUGGCACGCAUAGCCCUCCUGUCGCCAGACCAAUUCAUUCAAGCUGUUUCCGCCACGGACGUUACGUCCACGGUCUCUGCAUCAACAUCGACGCCGUCCUCUGUUUCACCACCAGCCAAAUGGCUUCUGACUGAAUGGCUUCUUCACAUCGACACCAUAGGCGACAUCUUACGCAAAAAGCUUCAGGUCCUUGCCAUCACAAACUUGCUCGCUUGUACCGUUCCUCCGCACUUCCCCAUGAUCAUGCUCGAAAACCUCGAGACACUUUUCACAAUUUGGACCGACAUCUGCACGGAACUGGGUCAAGAAGCAGCAGACGAAUCCGAGGGUGAUUACUUGUGGCACAACCACCAUGGUGAUGGUGGGGAUGUUCCUGAGUGGCCUGACGCAACGCCAGAAGAUGGGCGCAAGAGGGUCUUGAGUAACCACGACCCAAUCUAUACCAUCAACGUACGCGAAUUCAUUGGGUCGAGCCUGAGGCAGGCGAUUGAGAGGACAGGUGGAUUGGAGAAUUUUCAGCACCAUUGGGUGAGUCGAAUUGACGAAACGAUUGUUAAGAGCUUCGCGAAUCUGAAGCUGUUGUGA